AUGGCUUCUCGUCUCUUCACCGCCGGCGUCUUUGCCGCUUCCGUCUCUCAAGUCCUGGCUUCUUGCGCUUACGGCACUCAUCUGGAUCCCCGCGCCGAGGGUGGAAAGGUCAAGGUCAACACCUUUGCUUACUCCGGAACCAAUGGCCCCCUGAACUGGGUUGCUCUUGACGCUACUGCCAACGCCCUCUGCGCCACCGGAAAGACUCAGUCCCCCAUCGACAUGGUUGCCGGUGCCUUCAACACCCUCCCCGGCAGCUCCAUCAACCUGCAGAUCCCCAACAUGGAGGAGACCGAGUUUGAGAACCUGGGAACCACCGUCGAGGUCAUCGCCAAGGGAGGCUCUAUGCAAGUUGGCGGCUCCAACUUCACCCUCCAGCAGUUCCACUUCCACCUGCCUAGCGAGCAUCUCGAUGCCGGAAGGAGUAUGGCCAUGGAGAUGCACAUGGUUUUCGAGGGAGCCAACCAGGAAAUCGCCGUCAUUGGCACCUACAUCGAUGUUGAGCAGGGCGCUGCUGCCGCUGCCCCCGUUACCGAGGCCCCCGCCGCUGAGGCCGCUAAGAACAAGACGACUGCCGCCGAGCGCCGCAGCAAGAUGUCCCGCCGCGCCUCUCUCGACGCCGCCAAGGGUGCCGAGGGUGCUAAGACUAUCCCCAGCAUGACUCUUAACCCCGUCAAGGCUGAGGCUGCCUCGUCCAACCUUCUCGCUACCGUCUUCUCUUCUCUGGAUGCCAUCAAGGAGCCUGGCACAGUCACCAAGACUGGCGCCCUCGACAUGCAGGAGGUCGUCACCCUUCUCAGCGCUGGCCAGUUCCAGAGCUACAUGGGCUCUCUUACCACCCCUCCCUGCUCCGAGGGUGUCCAGUGGCUCGUCUCUACUCAGCGCCUCAUGGUCCAGCCCCAGACCUUCAACGCCGUCCGUGAUGUCAUUGGCUUCAACGCGCGCUUCCCACAGAACACCCUCGGCCAGGACAACAUCCUUCAGGUCGCCCAGAAGACUGUUGCCAGUGUCAACGCCGCUGCGCCUGCUGCUGCUCCUGUCGCAGCCGCCCCUGCCGCUCCCGCUGCCGAGGCCGCUGCCCCUGCCGCCCACGCAUAA